UUUCAGAUGUACGUACCAGCAUCCCAGUGGUCCAGCGGCUGUACACAAUGUCAUUUCUGCUCGACGUUCUUCCGGCGUUUCGCGAGCGGGACGAUCCGCGCGAGUAAUGAGAGCCGGACCGUAAUCCGCCCGAGGUAUCGCCGAUUGAUAAUUCGUGCGUCUGAGAGAUCGAGCGUAUAUAUCAGAUUACGGCAGAUUAUGAUACACAAGAAGGGGAGGGAUAAAAAAGCACCGUAUUUAAAGAGCGGGUAACGAGGAAUACGAGGAAGCCGAAGCGCAAGAUGCUUUUGAUGAGUCUCGUUUAAUCGCACAUUUAAUCGCACAAGGCCAAAAUGAUAUUCUCUUUAAUCAUUCUGAUCCUUUCGGUGGGAAUCUGCUACAGCAAUCCAGAUGCUAAGAGACUUUACGAUGAUCUGCUCUCAAAUUACAAUCGGCUGAUUCGACCUGUAUCAAACAAUACCGAUACCGUUGUUGUGAAAUUAGGUCUUCGUCUCUCACAACUGAUAGACCUCAAUUUAAAAGAUCAAAUCCUAACGACAAACGUUUGGUUGGAGCAUGAAUGGCAGGAUCAUAAAUUCCAGUGGGAUCCCUUGGAAUACGGUGGUGUCACUGAACUCUACGUGCCCAGCGAACAUAUAUGGUUGCCCGACAUUGUACUUUAUAACAACGCGGAUGGAGAAUAUGGUGUAACAACAAUGACCAAAGCUAUUUUGCAUUAUACCGGCAAAGUGCUUUGGACUCCUCCGGCAAUUUUUAAAUCUUCCUGCGAAAUAGACGUUAGAUAUUUUCCCUUCGAUCAGCAAACCUGUUUCAUGAAAUUCGGAUCAUGGACGUACGAUGGCUUUCAAAUCGACUUAAAGCAUAUUAAUCAAAAGGCGGGCGACAAGGUCGAAGUAGGUAUCGAUCUACGAGAAUAUUAUCCAAGUGUGGAAUGGGAUAUAUUGGGCGUUCCGGCGGAACGUCACAAAAAAUACUAUCCGUGUUGCCUCGAGCCAUAUCCCGAUAUUUUCUUCAACAUAACUUUGCGUCGCAAAACGCUAUUCUAUACAGUAAAUCUUAUAGUGCCAUGCGUCAGCAUCUCUUAUUUGUCGGUUCUGGCGUUCUAUCUGCCGGCUGAUUCUGGAGAGAAGAUCGCGCUUUGCAUCAAUAUCCUAUUAUCCCAGACCAUGUUCUUCUUACUGAUAUCCGAGAUUAUACCAUCCACAUCGCUGGCGCUACCGUUACUCGGCAAGUAUCUACUCUUCACCAUGAUUCUAGUUGGGUUUUCGGUCGUGAUAACGAUUAUUAUUCUGAACGUACACUACCGCAAACCGAGCACCCAUAAAAUGGCACCUUGGGUGAGAAGAGUUUUCAUCAGAAGAUUACCCAAGUUGCUUUUGAUGAGGGUGCCCGACGAUCUUCUCAACGAUCUCGCCGCGCACAAGAUACACGGGAGAGGAAAAUCAGGAAAGAAAAGCAAGUUCAACGCUGCUAUUGCAGCUGCGGCGCAAUCAUCAUCGAUCGUAUCCUCGCCGGAUUCUGCCCGUCACCAACGAAUCGACGGUUGCAACGGUUUACACAGGACAACUGCCCAUAAUCGAUUUCUAGUCGGCAGUUUAGGAUAUAAUGGGCUUCCAACAGUCAUGUCUGGUCUUGACGAGUCACUGAGCGAUGUAACGCCAAGAAAGAAAUACCCCUUCGAGCUGGAAAAAGCUUUACACAAUAUUAUGUUCAUCCAGCAUCAUAUACAACGUCAAGAUGAAUUCAAUGCAGAGGAUCAAGAUUGGGGUUUCGUCGCGAUGGUUCUUGAUCGCCUCUUUCUGUGGAUGUUCACAAUAGCCUCCAUAGCCGGGACCUUUACGAUUCUAUGCGAAGCACCAGCACUGUACGAUGACACGAAGCCAAUCGACAUGCAAUAUUCCUCUGUUGCUCAACAGCAAUACCUCCCAUCCGAUCAGGAAUUAAUGAAUACUAUUGUGUAGGCGUAUUCGUAGGACACGCGAUGUGAUUCUAUUUACUGUAAUGUAUUAUCAACACGCAGGGGAGCGAACUGUCCUUCCGAAUAUAGCAGCAGAAUUGUGAUAGGUCAUGGCCGUGGAACCGAAGAAACAUCGCCAAACGCGAAACGCAGUUCGCGAUUGUUCAUUGCGUACAUUAUGCGAUUUGUACUCGAAAACUCAAAUUAUAUCUAGGUAAAUUUACGGUUUUCGAUUCUAAGACGUAUACCUAUGCGAAAUAUAGUUACGAGAUGCUAGUCUAUUCGGUUCUAGGAACUGGCCUAAAGAUAUAAAUGUAAUUUAAUUCCGAAAGAGACAAUUCGCUGGCUUGCCUUGUGAGCGACGGUUACAACACGAUUAUAUUCCCGAAACAGAUCGUAUUUGUAUUUACUAUUGUACGCGCAAAUAGUGCGCGAAUCGUUCUUUGAUAAUAACGUCUAUUGAUGUUCGCAAUGUUACGGCAAAAGACUUUGCGAUUAGGUAUCAUUUAUAAAAUUUUUGGUAACGUUGAUUAUACGGACGGUAUAUAUAACGGUGAUAUCUUAUUCGCACACAAAAAUUUAACUUAUAUAUAUAUAUAUAUAUAUAUAUA